AUAAGCCGUUCCUUGUCUAAAAGUAGGCACAGGACUGGUUGCAGGGAUUCUGGUUAUAAAUAGCCUGUGGAAGCAGUGGAAAAAGAAAAGAAAAAACCAACAUCAGCUCAGCAAGAGGAGUAACCACCAAUGGAUUCCAAACAUCAGUGCAUGAAACUAAGUGACGGCCACUUCAUUCCUGCCCUGGGAUAUGGCACCUACAAGCCUCAGGAGGUUCCUAACACUGAAACUCUGAAAGCUACCAAAUUGGCCAUAGAUGCUGGAUUUCGCCAUAUUGAUACUGCAUAUGCUUACCUAGUAGAAGAGGAGGUGGGACAGGCCAUUAAGAGCAAGAUUGCAGAAGGCCGUGUGAAGAGAGAAGACAUAUUCCUCACUUCAAAGCUUUGGUGCACUUUCCAUAGACCAGAACUCGUCCAAGACAGCUUGAAAACUUCACUGAAAAAACUUGGUUUGGACUAUGUUGACCUUUAUAUCAUUCAUUUCCCAGUGCCUUUGAAGCCAGGUGAAGAGAUUUUUCCAACAGAUGAACAGGGGAAAACAUUAUUUGACACAGGGGAUAUCUGUGCGACAUGGGAGGCCAUGGAGAAGUGUAAGGAUGCAGGAUUGGCCAAGUCCAUUGGGGUGUCCAACUUCAACCGAAGGCAGCUGGAGAAGAUCCUGAACAAGCCAGGCCUCAAGUACAAGCCUGUCUGCAACCAGGUGGAAUGCCAUCCUUACUUUAACCAGAGCAAACUGCUGGAUUUCUGCAAGUCAAAGGAUAUAAUUUUGGUUGCUUUUGGUGCACUUGGAACCCAACGAGAUAAGAAAUGGAUGGACCUGAGCUUCCCAGUUCUGUUGGAAGACCCAGUCCUUUGUGCUAUUGCAAAAAAGCACAACCGUUCUCCAGCCCUGAUUGCCCUUCGAUACCAGGUGCAGCGUGGGGUUGUGGUUCUGGCCCAGAGCUUCAAAGAGAAAAACAUAAAAGAGAACGUGCAGGUCUUCGAAUUCCAGUUGACUCCUGAGGACAUGAAAGCCAUAGAUGCCCUGGACAGAAACUUGCGAUAUCUUCCUGCUAAGUUCACUGAGGGCCACCCUGAGUGUCCAUAUGCUGAUGAAUACUAACAGGGAACACACUGUCCUGACUGCUGCUAGAAACUCCUUUCUGUGGAAAAUGAUGCAGAAGACCUCUCAGGCACUACUGUUCCAACACAUCCUCCUUGUCCAGCCAUGCUGAUUAGUAACUCUCACAGCUUGACUUGAGUCGACCUAUCCAGAAGAGAAAGGACCUAAAAAACAUCAGAUUUGUGAAAAGAAAAUUGAUUUUGCUAAAAAUU